AUGACCGCCAGCCGCUCGCAUAAGUACUUCCCGCUUGAUUUUAAAGGAACGCGGUUGGUCCUUCGGCGGACAAACUUUCCAUGUCAGACCAUCGUACCAUCGCAGUACUGGGUGCCACAGGGAAUGGGUAGACGUCGUUAUUUCAGCCAUAGGCGACGACUCUGGCUUUACCGCCAAGUCCAGGAAGCAGUGGCCAGAGCUGCUAAGGAGGCGGGAGUUCAGGUGUUCGUCCCUGCUGAGCAUGCGUAUGCCACUCACACUAUUCAGCGCGACACAUCUUUCUUCAUCGUAGGCAAGCGUUUGUUCCUGGAUCUCAUUCGGGAUGACCUAAAACUGCCGUGGCAAGUAGGCAAGGGACAAAGCUUCGUACAUAACCAGGGGCAGUUCCCUACUCCAGAGCCAGAACCCUCAGAUCUACCACCUUGUAAUCCAUCCUCGCAAACGGGAGUGGCCCCCUUUGAGGCUACUCGCUACCACUUAGCCUCAUAUUUGGUGCACCUGGUGUUGGAUGUCCCAUGUGCCGAAACUGCCUGGGGAAUCUACAGGCUCCUGGGACUCAAGAAGGAGCGGCUGAUUAGCGAGUCGAAGUAG